AUGAAGCGCAAGGCCGAUUCACGAAUUGACGACAAGAGGGCGUCCAAGAAGAAGUCCAAGACGACCCUCUCGGCCGACGUCGCGAAGUCGAGGUUCCGCAAGGGCCUCUUCGACAAGAAGGUCCUCGACUCGUACACGCGAGAGUACGCCACCUCGAGCCCGUACAAGCACUCGGUCAUCAACGGCCUCGUCGACGACAGCCUCCUGCGCUCCGUCCGCGACGAGAUCCGCGAGAACGUCUCCUUCACCCCCAAGGAGACGGACAUUUACAAGAUCCACCAGUCGGGCGACCUCGCGAACCUCGACGGCCUCGACGACGACGCCCUCGCCAAGCUGCCCUCGCUCCUCUCGCUACGCGACGCGAUAUACUCCGAGACUUUCCGCAACUAUGUCUCCCACAUCACCGGCUGCGGGCCCCUGAGCGGCCGCAAGACCGACAUGGCCAUCAACGUCUACACACCGGGCUGCUACCUCCUCUGCCACGACGACGUCAUCGGAAGCCGCAAGGUCAGCUACAUCCUCUACCUCACGGACCCGGACACGCCGUGGAAGCCCGAGUGGGGCGGCGCCCUGCGGCUGUUCCCCGUCGACGAGCGCGAGGGCAAGGACGGCGAGAUCGCCAAGACGCCGGCGCCGGACCACACCAAGGUCAUCCCGCCCGCGUGGAACCAGCUGUCCUUCUUCGCCGUGCAGCCGGGCGAGUCCUUCCACGACGUCGAGGAGGUGUACCACGCCGAGACCAAGGAGCAGCUCGAGCGCGAGGGCGGGCGCAUCCGCAUGGCCAUCUCCGGGUGGUUCCACAUCCCGCAGGUCGGCGAGGACGGCUACGUCAAGGGCGCCGAGGAGAAGCAGGUUAAGAACUCGGGGCUCAUGCAGCUCCAGGGCAACCCGGACCAGCACGACACCCCGCGCGCGAGGCCCGUCCGGGUCGAGAAGCCCAAGGCGAGCCUCGAAGGGUUCGACGAGGCCGGGCUCGAGUUCCUGUUGAAGUACAUGGCGCCGACGUACCUCACCCCGGACACGCUCGAGCAGAUCUCGGAGCACUUUGAGGAGAACUCGAGCAUCACGCUCUCCAACAUCCUGUCCAAGAAGUUCUCGGCCCGGCUGAGGGAGUACAUCGAGUCGCAGGAGCGGGCGUCCCUCCCAAGGGACAGCACGGCCAUCGAGAAGAAGUCGGCGUGGCGCGUCGCGCGCCCGCCGCACAAGCACCGCUUCCUGUACCAGCACCCCGCGGGCGCCGACGAGCUGCGCAGCUCGCAGGAGGAGAACCCGCUGACGGAGCUGCUGGACCACCUCCUCCCGUCGCGCCCGUUCCGCGAGUGGCUGCAGGUCGCCACGGGCACCCCUGAGCCCGAGCCCGAGCCCGAACCCGAGGAAGAGCUCGAGGUCGGCGGACACGAGGUGUACAUGGCGGGCGACGACGCCGACGAGGACGAGGACGCCGCCAUCUACAAGUCGAGCGGCGACGACGACAACAUCCUCUUCUUCCAGGCCGCCGCGUGGAACAAGCUGACGCUCGUGCUGCGCGACAGCGGCACGCUGCGGUUCGUCAAGUACGUCGGCCGCGCGGCCAAGGGAGACCGCUGGGACAUCUCGGGCGCGCUCGACAUUGAGGACGAGGACGACGAGGGAGGCGAGGCGAGCGGGUCCAAGAGCAAGGGCGGCGACGAGUCCGCGUCCGAGGAGGAGUGGAACGGCUUCUCGGAUUCCCCUGCGGAGGAGAGCGACAGCGACUGA